UGGUUUCCUCUUAAGCUUUUGAGGCCAAUCACUUGACGCGAUUGACCCCACUGUUGGCGACAACAAUUUCGACAACCAUCACUUUUACUAUCACCCCUGUAUAAACAUCCCCUAAUCAUCAUACCUCUUGUUUCACCGACAAGUUUAUGAGGAUAAUACUGGCACGGCAUGAUAAAGAACGAUACCAUUUUCGGCUUGGUUACUUUGUUAUUUUUGCAACAAAUCAAAUACCUAGGGUUGGGUGUCCGCCUCGCAAGAUGGGGCUACAAGACACGAACGGGCGUUUUCUGCAUUUUAAGACGACAUUGCAUCGGUGUUUGGCGGCACAAUAAUCGGAUUUUCUCGGCAUCAACUGUUUUCAUUUUACAUGGGAGGCAUGGGUUGGCCUUCCCAUUCAUACCAAAAUGUCUUCUCUCAUCGCGGUUAUGGGUUAUGAAGUCAACAAGAGAAAAAGAACAACAUAGAAAGGAGUGCUUUUCGCAAGCGGGGUCUUUAUCGGUGUUAUUUGAUCGGUCGCAUCUUGGAAAUAUCUUUGGGCGGUGGUCAGGAUCGAGACGAACGGUGUUUUUGCGACAAUUGAUAUCCCUUUACGGGACGGAAAUCUGGGAAAUUACGGGGAGUUGGUCGAAUUUUUGGUGUUGUCCCGCUGCUGCAAUGAACGGGAACGAAAAAGGUUCACCCUUGCCCAUUCUUUUCUUUGUAUCAUCUUGGGACGGCCUAUAUAUUUGUCCUCUUUUUGUUUUCUUGUUCAUGGUUUAGGCCUGAGCGCCAUAGCUGGUGCUGGCCUGCCUAGUGUUUUUGGGACCGGAGUAGCUUUAUACUUUGGAGCGUUGUUUGGUUUGCCCAUGUCUUGGUUGGACGGGCUUCUUUUACAAUAUUUUGUCUCGCCUCGGCAAGCAUCUGGAGUGUUCAGGGGGCCUGGGAUACAUGUCAUGAUCAGAUUCAAAGAGAUUUUUGGGAUUUGGGAGGCCCUCGAGCCUGGUUUUGCAAUGCAGCGGUAGACUGCAUGUGUGGCUAUUGUUAACUGGGUAUUGGCGCUGUCUGGUUGCGACAACGCGGCUUCAGCGCUGCGAGACGAGAAUAUACGAAUGUUCAAAUACUUGCCUAUUUCAA